AUGGCUCCCAGAGGUGCCUGGUCCAUCACAUUCAUCAAGAUCCUGUGCAGGAGAUGCUGCUGCAAAGGGGCCUCUUCCCCCUCAGCAGGUUGCAGCCUGGACUGCCAGAGCCACUGUGUCAUAGACUGCAGGCAGGGACAUUAUUACACAGCUGGAAACUGCCUGGAGUGCCCAACAGGUUUCUAUUGCCCUGGAGGUCAGGCAGCUCCAAGGAAAUGCCCACUGGGAACUGCCAAUGAACUGACUGCUCAAGGAAACAUCACAGCCUGCCAGGUUUGUCCCGAUGGGUAUCUCAGCCUGGAGAGCAGAGCUGGCUGCAGAGCGUGUCCUGAGGGAUAUUCCUGUGAUCCACACACUGGUGUCCAGAGGAGCUGUGGGCCUGGCCAGCACUCCCCAGAGGGGGAGCUGGAGUGUCAGGAAUGUCCAGAGAGAUUUGUCUGCCCAGAUGGACGGAGCAGGCAGCACUGCUUGGCUGGUCAGCAGCCAAACCCAAGCCGCACUCUCUGUGUCACCUGCACUCCUGGUUCCUUCUCAGCUGAAGCCCCUCUGCCUUGCCAGCCCUGCCCAGCAGGUCACUUCUGUCCUGAUGGCCUCGAAGUCCCUCCAUGCCCAGCUGGGAGCUUCAAGCCCAGAGAGGGACUUGACACAUCCAGCAGCAGCUCCUCAUUCUUACCAGGGUGA